CAUCGAAUAACGGAGAACAGCUUCAUAUAUAUUAUCGAUAAAGAUCGAUAUAGAUUAUAAUUAAGUGUUCGGACGCUUUUCAAAAACUCCGAAAAUUCACGAGUAUAAUUUCGUCUAUGAGAUUGCUACAACUUAUCUUCGAAGACUCGGGACCCGAUAUCUUCUUUUUUUCACGCAUGACUCGGAACUCGAUUAUUAAUUUAUAUCGUCACUUCCAUUCGAUCGUUCGGAACGAACGGUCAAUCCCGCACCAGUCGCGUUGUAGGUGACAGCGGUAAGAUACGUAUUGUGCACCGAGAUGAGCUCGGCGUCGGAAAACAUUCAAAUGGCGAAAACCAUCCAUAGCGAUGGCAUCGUCAACCUCGCAUAUACACCAGAAAAGUUCGAAAAUAUUGCGCUACCUGGACAGUCAGAUGUCAAUGCGAAAUCUGACGACACCGUGAGCGAAUCCUCCGCCAACGGAGGACACGAGCGAGCGCAAUGGGGCAGCGAUCGAGAAUUUCUCCUGUCCUGCAUCUCCAUGUCCAUCGGUCUCGGCAAUAUAUGGCGCUUUCCGUAUCAAGCCUACGCCAACGGCGGCGGCGCCUUCCUCAUUCCCUACAUAAUCAUCUUGACGGUGGUCGGCAGGCCCUACUACCUGCUGGAAAUGUUGCUCGGUCAGUUUUCCAGCAAAUCGACCAUCAAAAUCUGGGACAUGGUGCCGGCUUUGAAAGGAAUCGGCGUCGUGCAAUUUUUCAUCUUGACGGCUCUGUCGUCCUACUACUGCUCUCUGAUGGCCAUCACGUUGCAUUAUCUGGUGAGCAGUUUCCAGUCCGAGCUGCCUUGGACGAAGUGUCGAGCCGAGUGGGGCCCGAACUGCCUCGACUCGAUUUCCAAUGUCACAGGCAGUCACAAUGCCUCUUCCUCGGCUGAAUUAUACUUCUACAAAGAAGUGCUGAAAGAGAAAGAGAACAUCGACGACGGAAUCGGCUAUCCCGACUGGCAACUGACCCUGUGUCUGGCCGCUAGCUGGCUCGUGGUCUUCAUGGUCGUCGUCCGAGGCAUCAAGAGCUCCGGCAAGGCCGUCUACUUCCUCACCAGUUUCCCUUACAUCGUCAUGCUGGGUCUGCUCGUGAGGUCGGUCACCCUCGAGGGUGCCGGCACCGGAAUUCUCUACCUGUUCAAGCCCCAGUGGGACAUGCUGCUGAACCCGGGCGUCUGGUACGCCGCGGUGUCGCAGUGCUUCUUCUCGCUCACAAUUUGCUUCGGAGCCAUCGUCAUGUUCUCGUCGCACAACAGAUUCGAGCACAACGUAUAUAGAGACACGCAAAUAGUCACUACCAUGGACAUGAUCACCUCGACCAUAUCCGGCUGUACCAUCUUCGGUAUCCUCGGAAAUUUGGCCCACGAGCUCAACACCGACAUCGACAAAGUCGCUCGCAAGGGCACCGGUCUAGCCUUCAUCUCCUAUCCCGAAGCCAUCGCCAAGUUCCACUGGCUGCCUCAAUUCUUCGCCGUCAUCUUCUUCAUCAUGCUGUUCACUCUGGGAAUCGGCAGCGCGUCCGCUCUGGCCAACAGCAUCAUCACCAUCAUCAAGGAUUACAAGCCCAAGUGGCGGCCGACCUACGUCGCGGCCGGAGUCGUGAUCUUCGAGUUCCUCGUCGGAUUGAUUUACGUCACGCCGGGUGGUCAAUUCAUGAUAACUUUCGUCGAUUAUUACAUUACCUCCUUCGUGGCGUUCGUACCUGCCAUAUUCAUGUUGGUGGGCGUCUGCUAUGUUUACGGAUUGAACAACUUCUUGGACGACAUCGAAUUCAUGUUGAAGCGAAGAUUAGGCUGGUACUGGCGCAUCUGCUGGGCUUUCAUAACUCCGGUCAUUAUCACCGGUGUAUUUAUUUACAGUCUUGCCGUGUCCGAAGUACUGACGUACAGCAAGACGUCUACGUCGAAAAUCGCCUAUCCACCGAUAGCAUACAUCAUCGGAUGGAUACUGUUCGCCGCCGCUCUGAUUCAAAUACCUCUGUGGGUCGUCAUCAACAUGAUUAAAAAGAGAUCGUACAAAUUCCCCGAGAUUAUAUACCGAACUUUCGAUUCGUCGGUGAACUGGGGCCCGGUGAACAAGAAGAUCAACACGGAGUGGCUGGAAUUCAAAAAGAAUAAAUCGUCUCUGUCGUAACCGAGAGUGCACAAACUGGAUUUUUUCAGUUUUCGUAUUUUUACGUCGCGCAUUAUGGAGUGAAAAGCUAUAAUACACUAGAAAUUCGUCUUCCGUCCGUACGGAACUGAUUGUCUGUCUACGUAUAUCGCACUCUUAAAUGCGAGAUAAGAGAUUAUUAAUUAGAAUUUCAGUAUUAUAAUGUAGUCUAAUAACGUACACAUAGCAUUAAGAUUUUAGACUUGAGAUAAAAUCGAAAUCAGAAAAAGCCACCGAAUCAUCGAUUUAAUUGUCAUUUUUAACGACACGUGCUUGUCGCGAUUUCGGAUACACACGAUUGCGAUGAGAAAAAAAAGCAUCGUCGUCGUCGUAGCAUAUAUAAGUCAAACACACACACACACACACACACACACACAUACACGCGUAUCGUGAUACAUCUCUCUGGAUAUAUAAUUCAUGCUCGAUGCGCAAUACACAAAUCUAGACGAGAGUCAUUAGCUAUAUCUUAUCGUCUUAUCGUCGGUGCCCGUCAAUAUACUUAAUACACCGACGCAAUUCUGCGUAUUUAGAAGUACGCGCUCCGCUGUUGUUUUAUAAUUUAUUCGCUAAUUCUUGAACUAUAUACACAUAAAUGUUCGUUGCAAAAAAAUUGAUUGUUAUGUCAUUAUUUAAUGAUUUAUCAUUAUAUCCUUCGAAUAAAUUGGUCAUUGUUGAA